AUGUCUUCCCUUUCUUUGGAGGAUAAAACAACCAACAUUACCAGUAAAGGAAUUACAUCUAUCUAUAUGAGCACAUGUAUCAGCGCAACGCUACCUGAAGCCAAUGGAAUGCAGGAUCUGUUACAAAAAUAUUCUCAAAUUACAACACCAUUCCGGUAUACAGCAACCAUUCGUCACAAUGCUGAGCACCAUAUUUAUACUACAGGCCCACCCACGUGUUCAUCUCCAUGGCGGUUGAAGCCUGAUAAAUAUAAGUUGGCGAAAGCUGAGUUUCAGCACAUGCUGGACCUCGGUAUAAUUAGACCUUCUUCGAGUCCUUACUCAUCUCUUUUUCACAUGGUUCCAAAACCGGACUCAGGAGCUUGGAGACCUUGUGGCGACAUCUGGAAGCUGAAUGCUACUACAAUUCCGGAUAAAUACCCAGUCCCGCACUUGCACGAUUUCGCAGUGGGUUUACGGGGCGCCACAGUCUUCACAAAACUUGAUCUAGUGAAAGCAUUCCACCAGAUAUCAGUGGCCAAGGAGGAUAUCCAUAAAACCACUCCUUUUGGUUUAUACCGAUUUUUUGUUCACAUCUCUCUCUCGCUCUCUCUCUCUCUCUCUAUCUAUCUAUCUAUCUAUCACAUUCUAUUAUCUAUCUCAUUCUACUAUCUAUCUAUCUAUCUAUCUAUCUAUCUAUCUAUAUAA